AUGGCCUGGCCUCGUGUAUGCGACCGUCAACUGGCUAUUGCGACGCGAUCGAAGAUGACGACCGUCCUUGCGAGUACCUGGGUGAGGGUGAUUGAUGGGCGUAGUCCAGGUGCUAGGAUAGCGUCGCGAUUUCCGACUUUGGCCACGGACCUCGUUCCAAUCCUACGUCAUGCCUAA